UAUAGACAGCAAUGGAUCUUUUUCUUCACAUGGAGUCUCGCUGGAUUCGGAUUGUACUGGUGCUUUGUUUAUGGAAUGUAUCAUCCGGCCAGACAGUAUAUUCAGUAACAGAAGAGGUGAAGAAGGGAACCGCGAUUGGAAAUAUAGCAAAGGACCUUCAUAUCAAUGUUCAGGAGCUUGAGUCACGUAUGUUUCAAAUUGUACCUGGGUCAUAUUCACAGUAUUUUAAGGUCGAUUUAAAGACCGGACUCCUAGUGGUUAAUGGUCGAAUAGAUAGAGAUGAGCUGUGCCCAAGUCAUGGAAAAUGUUCUCUCAAGAUAGAGGUUAUUGCGCAUGGUCCUACAUAUAUGAAUCAAGUAGAAAUAGAGGUUUUGGAUGUAAACGACAAUCCGCCAAAAUUUCCGGUGUCGUCGUAUUCAUUAAAUAUAACAGAGCACGCUUUCCAAGGAGACCGGUUUCUUUUACAAAUGGCCAGUGACACCGAUAUUGGUAGCAAUGCAGUAAGAGCAUACAAACUCAGUCCAAAUGAACAUUUCUCUCUAGACGUACAAAAUAGCAAUGACCAUGAUGUAUCCGCAGAACUUGUACUGCAAAAGUCUUUAGACCGAGAGAAACAACCCGAAAUUCACCUUGUUUUAACUGCGGUUGAUGGAGGCAAACCGCCCAAAUCGGGAACAAUGGAUAUUACGGUUCACGUCAUUGACGUCAACGACAAUACACCAACUUUCAGUAAAUCUCUGUAUAAAACCAAAUUGACUGAGAAUGCACCAUUUGGAACCACUGUAAUUACAGUUAACGCAACUGAUGCUGACGAAGGUCUAAACGGACAAGUUAUCUACUCGUUGGCCGCACAUGGAAAUGUGAAGCAAAAUCAGCCAUUUGCGAUUCAUCCUGAUUCUGGUAUUAUAACGACCACAGGACUUAUUGAUUUUGAGGAAACUCCUGCAUAUGAGUUACGUGUGCAAGCGAUGGAUAAAGGAACCCCCCCUAGAGUUGGUCACUGCAAAAUUUUAAUUGAAGUGGUGGAUCUAAAUGACAAUGCUCCCGAAAUGUCAAUAACACCUCUGCUGAACACUUUGCCUGAAGAUGCAAGGCUGAAAACAACUGUUGCUUCAAUCACUGUUUCUGACAGAGAUGCUGGUAAAAACGGAGCAGUACACUGUACAAUAGCCAACUCUUCCCCCUUUAAACUUGAGUCUUCUUUCAACAACUAUAUAUCUUUGGUUGUCGACGGGCCUCUGGAUAGAGAAAGUACACCUCAAUAUAAUAUAACAAUUACAGCGACAGACGAAGGGACUUCACCUUUGUCCAGCUCAGGUAUAUUUACCGUUCACAUUUCCGAUGUAAAUGACAACGCUCCCAAAUUUCAGGAGCCUGUUAUGAACGUGUACCUUAAAGAGAACAGUGUUGUUGGAAGUAAAAUGUUACAAGUGACGGCUCAUGAUGCAGACAUUAAAGAGAACGCAGACGUAACAUACACGCUAGUAGAUGCAAAUAAUAAUGACAACACCUUAUCUAAUUAUAUCAGCAUAAACUCUGAGACAGGUGAAAUAUACAGUGUAAAAUCAUUUAAUUUUGAAGAAUUUAAACAGUUUAGAUUUCUGAUCCAGGCCACCGACGCUGGAACACCUGCGCUAAGCAGCAGCACAAGUGUAAACGUUUUUAUUUUGGACGAAAAUGACAACAGUCCCGUUAUUCUCCCGCCGUAUUCUGACCAAGGCUCCGUGAACUCUGAGAACAUUCCCUAUUCAGCUGAAGCUGGCUACUUUGUGGCCAAGAUCAGGGCUGCAGACGCGGACUCUGGCUACAACGCGCUGCUAUCUUACCACAUCUCUGAACCCAAAGGCACGAACCUAUUCCAAAUCGGAACCAGCUCUGGAGAAAUAAGGACCAAGAGACGGAUGAGUGACAGUGACUUCAAAACACACCCGUUGGUGAUAAUGGUGUCUGAUCACGGGGAGCCCUCUCUCUCAGCUACGGUGUCUAUGGAAGUUGUGGUUGUGGAAAGUACCAGUGACACACACGCCCCUUUUAAAGAGAAUCUCCUCAGAGAAGAGAGUUUUUCUGAUCUUAAUAUCUACUUGCUUAUCGCCAUUGCCUGCGUAUCGGCCAUAUUCCUCAUCAGUCUCAUCACUUUAAUAGCAGUGAAAUGCCACAGGGCUGAUGGUAUUUUCAGCAACUGCAGCGCCCCCAUGAUCACCACUCACCCAGACGGGAGCUGGUCUUACUCUAAAACUACUCAGCAGUAUGAUGUGUGUUUUAGCUCUGACACACUGAAAAGUGACGUGGUGGUGUUCCCAUCACCGUUUCCGCCUGCAGACGCGGAGCUCAUCAGCAUUGAUGGAGGAGACGCUUGUAAACGGACACAAACUCUUCCCAGUACAACAAAGGUAUAG